GAGAAGAGCAAUUAAAAAGAAGGAAAGCUAAAGAGAAAAGAGGGGAGAAGCCAGCGAGGCUUUCAGACGGAGUGAUAUACGAGAGUGAAAAAGAGGAAGAAGGACUAACGGACGACAGGAGCCCCUUUAAGUGUCAACGGGUGCAUGUGUGUGUGUGCGAGAAUUGGAAAAUAAUAUUGAUGGAUGCUCAAUGAACAGAAGCUCUGCUGUUUCUUUUUACAUCCUCUGGUGAGAUCCAUCACCCAACAUCCACCCAGGAAGCGUCUGAGAGUCCAGCUGAGGAAUGUUGGAUCAGCACCAGAACCCGACACAAACCACAGAGCGACUCGUUUGAAAUCCUGUCAAACUCCACCACAAAGUCACAAAUCUGGUCCCAAACGGCUCGACAGUGAACGAAUCCUUUCAUUAUCGAAGAACGUUUCAACCCAGGAAAGACUUAAAAUGACACCAUCCUGUGUCCACGGAACGUCUUCCUGUUUGAUAUUUAUUCAAAAACACACCGUGAACCCUGAAAACACACAGUUUCCUCUACAUUCAUCAUUCUGGACAUCGUUUGACUCAUUUUAGACCCUUUUUUGAGACAUUUUGGUCAAAUAUUUUUGUCAUUUUAGACACAAUUUGAGUAAUUUUGGAAAUACCUAAAGUCACUUUGGACAAACUGAGUCAUUCUGGACCAUUUUUAAGUCAUCUUGGCUAAAUAUUGCAUCAUUUUGGUCAAUUUUUGAGACUUUCUGUACCUUUUUGAGGUAUUCUGGAUAAACUGUAAACCACUCUGAGCACUUUUCAACACUUUUUCCCCUUUGGAAAGCUUUCGAGUCACUUUGGAUGAGUUUGAGCGCGCAUUGGCCGCUCCAGGUGAGGAAGGCCCCGCCCCUUUUCUGUCCCCCUCAGGUGGAACAUGUCGACAGGAAACAUUUUAUUAACCCUGUGGGGCUCAAAUCUCUGUUUACCACAGACCACAGAAAACUUUCAGCACCACUGUCACACAUCAUUCAGCUGCUUUUCUAAAGAUGGACGUCGGGGACUCUCUGAAUCAGCCUCCAAAUGGACUGACAUUUCAUCUAGCCACACUUGAACGAAUGUUGGAGGCUGACUUUGCAGAGUAUGCACGUACGCUGCUGGAACUGCUCCGUACAGUCACCUAUCACGGAGUGGACGAUCCUCUGUUCUGCGAUCUGAGGCACAUUUUUGACCGCUACUUCACUGAGAACAUGAACAACAUUAUCAUGGACAAUGUGGAACACGACAUAAUCAGACCAGAGGUGGAGGUUAUCCAAGAAGCAGAAGCAUCUGAUGAUCCUCAGCCUGAAGCAUCGAGGCGACGGCAGCGUGAGGAGGAGGAGGAUGAAGGUGAAGACGCCCCCAGCAGAAGAUUCCUCUGGUGGGAUGAGUUUGAUGACACUGACAGUGAUGACAGUGAUGAAGAUGACGAUGCUCCAGUCCAUCACCAAGACAGUGAGGCUGAUCCAGGUGAUCUUCCUGCUGCAUCAAGAAAAAGAUCAAGAGAAGACGACGAGGAUGUCCAUUCUCAGGACAGCAAACAUUGCCGAUUGUGGAAAAAGAGAGAAAGAGAUGAGGAUGAAGACGGCGAUGAGGGAAGUCCUAAACGUUUCAGACUGAAGUGAUGCAAGCAAAGAGUGAUAGAACAGAGCGACCAGGAAGACGUAGAAAAAAAACACCUGGUUGCUUCAAAAUGAUAGAAAGGGAAAAAAGGAAAAAAACAAAAAAGAAUGCAGAUCAUUUUCUCUGCAAUCCCUUUCCAGUCAACCCAACCAGCUGAAGCAGACUGUCGGCCUCCCACUAAAAAAAUCACCUUUAUGAAAUUAUUCAAUCUGCAAAUUAAACAACAAAAUGAACAAAUAAAAGAAGCACAGAAAAGAUCAAAUUUGUAAAAAAAAACAAAAAAAAAC